AUCACGUGUCCAACCCGGAAGUCACAACUGACAGUUCACAACUUUUGAGUGCAUGUGCGGGGAAAGAUAUGUUUUUUGGACUCUCUGCUGUGUGCUUAUUUUUCUGCUUCAAGAACAGACAUUAAGUCACAGCAUGGCGUCACUGGCAGCUUCAAACACCAAUUUCUCCCUUGAGCUCUUCAAGAAAGUCACGGAGAACAACAAGGCUGGCAAUGUCUUCUACUCGCCACUUAGUAUUUCCUCUGCACUGGCCAUGGUCUGUCUUGGGGCUAAGGGAAAUACCUCAACUCAGAUGCAUGAGGUCCUGUCUUUUAACAAAGAACUGAAAGUGGUAUCGCAUGAGAGGCCAAACCCUGUGUGUAACAAGGGUCGACAGCACAUGGAGCAGCAGAGGGUCCAGAAACCUCAGCUUCCAGCAGCACUCAAGGGUGCCCUGAAGUCUCUCAGCCUGCACAAAGCUGAUGGUGAUGUCCAUGUUGGCUUCAACAAGCUCUUUGCUGAGCUCAACAAAGCAGACGCCCCAUACGCACUGAGCCUGGCUAAUCGCCUCUAUGGAGAGCAGUCCUACCAGUUUGUUGAGAAAUUCCUUGCUGACACGAAGACACACUACCUGGCAGAGUUGGAGGCUGUCGACUUCAAGGCAAAUGCAGAGGCAGCACGAGUGAACAUCAACAAAUGGGUUGAAGCAAAGACCCAGGAUAAAAUCAAGGAUCUACUGGCUGAAGGGGUUCUGGAUGACAAAACUAGACUUGUUUUAGUAAAUGCCAUCUACUUCAAAGGCAGCUGGGAGAAGAAAUUCGACAGUGCUCGCACCCAGGAGGUUCCAUUUAAACUUAAUAAGAAUGAAACUAAGCCUGUGCAGAUGAUGCAACAGAAGGCCAAGUUCCCGUUUACCUACAUCUCUGAUGUCAACAGCCAGAUUCUAGAACUCCCCUACGUGGGCAAAGAUCUGAGCAUGCUCGUAAUGCUGCCCAAUGAAGUGGAUGGAUUGGAGAAGCUGGAGCAGUCUCUUACAUACGAUAACUUUGUGGAGUGGACCAAGCCGGAUAUGAUGGACACGGUGGAGGUGGUAGUGGGCCUCCCAAAGUUCAAGCUGGAGGAGACCUACGACCUCAAGCAGAUCCUGGUCAACAUGGGCAUGACGGAUGCCUUUGAUCACCACAAGUGCGACUUCUCCGGCAUGUCGCCCUGCGACGACCUCGUGCUGUCCAAGGUGGUGCACAAGUCGUUCGUGGAGGUGAACGAAGAGGGCACGGAAGCGGCGGCUGCAACGGCUGCCAUCAUGAUGAUGCGCUGCGCCAUGAUGCCGCCGGAGAAGUUCAUGGCAGACCACCCCUUCCUCUUCUUCAUCCGACACAACCCCACACAGAGCAUCCUCUUCUACGGCCGCUACUCUUCCCCCUAGACUCACCACCACCACCACCACCAUCAGCAUCAUCAUCAACAUCACCACCAUCAUCAGCAGCAGCAGUAGCUAUGUUUACAUGGACGUUUUUAAUGAAUAAUAACUACUCAAUCAGAAUAUCCACGUACUUACAGUAUAAACACCUUGAUCUGAAUAAAUACAUCUGAAUAAAUACAUUACAUAUAUAUUCCAAUGGGUUGGAGGGUUACAUUUGUAACAUGGAUGUGAUCGGCUACUAACUACUGUAAUGGCUAUACUAUACCUGCCUGUGACAGGCUUUUUGAGCAUCUUGUGUCAUUUUUCUAACUCAUAUAAACACUGCACUUGGAUCAGACAAUCAGAUUACAUUCAUUCCCGGGAAAAAAUGUCCAUGUAAACAUAGCAUGUGCCAGACCAAAAACCAGAGCUUGGAGUGUGUUCAUCAAAUGAACAGAAGGACACAUUGCCUAGGUGGCUUUACAAAAGACGUCUGAAUGCAGAACAUUACGGAAGAAUAAUUGGAAUAUGAAGUGAAAUGGAAAAUUUGUAUAUUUAUUAAAAACAAAAGGAGCACAGUCUUUGUGUGUUCACUUGUAACCUAAGGCCUUAUUACAGUUACAUUUUCCUUUUCAAUGCACUAGAGAUAUGGGCAGUACAUCUACCAAGUGCUUUAAACUUUCUGAAAACAUUGCUGUAUUGUCGCUAUCAAGGUUAUUGUAACAUAAGCACUUUCAAAGAUAAAUAAAUCACUGUCUCUCUUU